AUGGCAGGCGAGGGUGUCACGGCCAUGAUCGUGGCUGCUGACGCCGGAGACAACCCGCUGGCGGACCGCCGCGAGGACCGGAAGGCGGCGGCAGAGCGGGAGAGGAAGGCCAAGGUGGCGAAGGUCGCCUCGCAGGCGACGAACGCGAUGGCGGCAGUGCGGGCGCAGCUCGAUUUGCGGAAGGUGGCAGCAGACAAGGCGGCGAACAAAGCCAACGACGACGCGGGGGCGCCGGUGAGGGCGUCAUCCACGAUGCUCGAACGAGUGUUCGAUGCCCGCCUCGACGGUCCGGACAAAUACGUUGUGGCUCGACGAAAGGAGCGAAAGACGGCUGCCGGGGCUGGCACUGCUGCCGAUUUGGCGGCGGAGCGAUAUGCCAUGUCCGCCUUGCUUUUGUUUCAUAACAUCGGUCCGAGCGCUAACAAUACCAAACAAAUCUAA